AUGGCGCUCCCCGGCGGCUCGGGCGGCGAGCGCCGACGCCAGGCCUCCCUCGUCGAGGCCCUGGGCUGCGUCGGCCAGCCCGAGGACGACGAGGAGGACGCCGAGCCGCCGCCCGACCUCACCGACCACGAGAAGGAGCUGCUCACCACGUCCUGGAAGGAGAUAGAGAACAACGUGGCCCAGGUCGGCGUCAUCACGUUCAUCAGCCUGUUCGAGACGCACCCCGACGUGCAGGAGGUGUUCAUGCCGUUCAACGGCAUCGAGCUGGAGGACCUCAAGCACAGCAAGCAGCUGCGCGCGCACGCGCUCAGGGUGAUGGCGUUCGUGCAGAAAGCCGUGGCGCGCUUGAACGAGCCCGAGAAGCUGCAGACGCUGGUGCGUGACCUGGGCCGCAAGCACGUCGGCUACGGCGCCAAGAGGAGAUACGUGGACCUGAUCGGGCCGCAGUUCAUCCAGGCCAUCAAGCCGUCGCUGGAGCCGCAGUGGAGCGACGAGAUGCACGAGGCCUGGUCCCGGCUGUUCCUGCACCUGUCCUUCGUCAUGAAGGGCUCCAUGCUGGAGGAGGAGCGUCGCGUCAAGGCGGCGCCCAAGGGCCGCUAGGCGAGCGAUGCCGUGACGUUAGACUCGCGAGCGAGGGGUAGCGACGCCGAUACGUUAGACUCGCGAGCGAGGGGUAGCGACGCCGUUACGUUAGACUCGCGAGCGAGGGGUAGCGACGCCUUGAUGUUAGACUCGCGAACGAGGGGUAGCGAUGCCUUGAUGUUAGACUCGCGAGCGAGGGGUAGCCACAAUCCGCUUCUUCGUUCCACAUCAACAUAGCAACGCGGACGAGGAGAGGUGUGCCUUUCUAGCUGUUACCCAACCAUGCUGUUUCCUGUAAUCCUUUGAUCGUGAUGGAUGUGAAAAUAGUUUUAAAAUAUUUCAAGUAUUAGACGUAGACUCGAGGGCUUUGUUCCGGUCCCUUAUUGAAGCAGAAAUGUACAUAGUUUCCGGAACAAUGGAACGUUACGUAUUACUGUUUUAGAGUUAGAAAACUUUCAAAGACACAAUUGUCGCCCUAGUUUUAAAACUUAUCUAGCAGUAAAAUCAUACUACAUUACAUUUUCUCUAAUAACUUGCAUUAGCGUUGUGUAUAGUUGUUCUCUUUGAUCUUAUUGUCUCGCUUUGAACCUUCACCACACGCGUUUCAGCCAAUCGUAAUAGACAGUCUCAAACGCGUCUGGUGGGGCCCCAUAUUGAGCCUGAAGGUGCCUAAAGGUCCAUCGCUGUGGCCAGUCUCCGGGCUAAGCUGACCACAGCUGGUGUAUGGGGCAUCCGCCUUUUGUCGACUAUCUCCCUAUAAUUAAAAACUACUUUUAGUGUUUUCUCUCAACUCAUAAUCUAAACAUAACUUCAAAAAUUUAUGCGCAUACCGACAGAUAAAUAAAUUUUGUAUGUUAGAGGAUAUCAUCAGAGAAAAAGAAUUUAUUGUAACGGUAUUGUUUUCUUUCCUGUGUGAAAAAUAAAGUAUUAGCAAAACUAC